ACCAAACGGGCUUCCGUACCUAAGAGGUUUGUUGUUAGCUUACUAGCCGUUAGCAUAGGUCGUUAGCUUCUUUUAGCUGUGAUUUUCUGUUGAGCCCGUUAGCUUCUGUUAGCUGAUAGCUUCGCUUCGUAAAUAUCGUUUGUGUGAGCCGAUAGUUUAUCUUAGCCAUUAGCUUCAGUUAGCAUCUUUGAGCUGCGAGCUUCAUUCAGCUGUUAGCUCCUGUUAGCUUCAUUCAGCUGUUAGCUGCUGUUAGCUUCAUUCAGCUGUUAGCUGCUGUGCUGCUGUUAGCUGCUGUUAGCUCCUGUUAGCCAACACGAGGGCAGAGGAGCGUCGGGAACACGUGACUCUGUAUUGAACGUCGAGCUGAAGAUGUCUCCCAACCCUGUGACGAAGAGGCUGGUGAAGGCCGUGGUCGCUCUGGAGCUGCUGGGACUCUUCGGUGUUUAUGGUCUGUUCCACACGAUGAACAGCAGCAGAGAUUUCAGAAACACCGUGAACAGACGGUUUCCAUCGAUCCUAGAAGUUUACUACCAGUCCAACGAGUGGGCGGGGGUGAACGGGAUCCGAGAGGGAGACCACGAGGCCUGGUCGGCCAAACAGGACUGAAGGCCCCCCCCCUCUCUAUGAAGUCCUCAUCUACAGUCAGUUCUUCCUCUUCCUGUUCCCGAACGUCCUGGCUCCGGCCCUGGCUCCGGUCCUGGCUCCGGUCCUGGCUCGGCCGGCCGUCGUCGUCCUCUUCUUGUUGAACACGGUCUUCUUCUUCCGGAGCGUUUGGGCGUCGCGCCCCUGGAUCCAGUCGUCACGUUGAGACUCCCACUUCAACUGCUUCACACCUGCAGGGACCGAGUGUCAGACAAGACGUCAACACGACUGCUCAUUACAAACUGUGGACUGAAUCACUAGAUCCACAAUACUGCUGCUGAAGUUAAUUAAAUAAAGUUAAUUACAGCCGUUUGAAUUCAAGUCUAAAUGUGCAUUUACAGUCUUGUGACACUAAGUCCACAUUUAUAAUUAUUCAAAUGGAUGUUUCAGGCUUUUUCCGAUUGAGUCUAAUCUAAAGAAAGUUGAUUAAAGCAUCAAUUUGGACAUUAAGUAAAAUAUGAAUAUGUUGUAUUGAUGUAAGCUGCAUAUCUUUGAAAUAGAGUUUGACAGGAUGUGGUUGAUUUUCUCUGUGGAGAAGUUAUUAAACUCAGCUGGUGUCCAGUAAACUGAAGA